GGGGGGUGUGUGGGUUUUGGUUUGGGGGGGGGGGGGGUGGGGGGUGGGUUGGUUUGUUUUUGGGGGGGGGGUUGGGUGGGGGGGGGGGGGUGGGGGGGUUGGGGGGGUUUUAUUUGUGUGGGGUGGGGGUGUGGUUGGGGUGGGUUGGUUUGGGUGGGGGGGGUUGUUGUGUUGGGGUUGGUGGGGGUUGGGGGGGGUGGGUGUGGUGGGGGGGGGUUGGUGUGGUGGGUGGGGGGGUGGGGGUGAUGGUGGUUGGGGGGGGUGGUGUGGGUGGGGUGUUGGGGGGGGUGGGGGGGGGGUGGGGUGUGGGGGUGUGGUGUGGGGUUGGGGGGGGUGGGGUGGGGGGGGUUUUGGGGUGGGGGGUUGGGGGGGUGGGGUGGUUGGGGGGGGUGUUUGUUGGGGGGGGGUGGGGGUUGUGGGGUGUGGGGUGUGAUGGGGGGGGGGGGGUGGGGGGUUGUGUGUUGGUGGGGGGGGUUGGGGGGUUGGGGGGGGUGGGUGGGGGGGGGGGGGUGGGGUGGGGGGGGUGUGGGGGGGGGGGGGGGGGGGGGUUGGGGGGUGGGGGGGGGGGGGUGGGUGGGGGGGGGGGUGUGGGGGGGUUGUGGGUGGGUUGGGGGGGUUUUGGGGGUUGUGGGGGGUGGGGGUUUUUUUGUGGGUUGGGGGGGGGGGGGGGGUGGUGGGGGGUGUGGUUGGGGUGGGUGGGGGGUGGUGGGGGGGGUGGGGGGGGGGGGGUUGGGGGUUGGGGGUGGGGGUGGUGGUUGGGUUGGGUGGUGUGUGUGGGGGUGUUGGGUGGGGUGGGUUUGGUGUGGGGGUGGUGGGGUUGGUUGGUGAUGGGUGGGUGGGUUUUGGUUGGGGUGGGAGGGUUGGGUGGUGUGGUGGUUUGGUUGGGGGGGUGUGGGUGUGGUUGGGUUGGGGGGGUGUGUUUGGGGGGGGGUUGGGGGUGGGUGGGGGGGUGGGUUUGGUGUUGGGUUGGUUUUGGGGGGGGGGGGGGGGGGGUGUGGGGGGGGGUGUGUGGGGGGGUGGGGGUGGUGGGGGUUUGUUGGGGGGGGGGGUGGGGGGUUGUGGUGUUGGGGGGGGGGUGGUGGGGGGGGGGGUUGGGGGUGGGUUUGGGGGGUGGGGUGGGUGGUUUGGUUGGGGGUGUUGUGGGGUGGUUGGGGGGGGGGGGGGGGGGGGGGUGGGGGGGGGGGUUUUGGUGUGUGGGGUGGGGGGUGGGGGUGGGGGGGGUGGGUUUGGGGUUGGGGGUGGGGGGGGGGGGGGGGGGGGGGGGGGGGGGGGGGGUGGUGGGGUUGGGGGGGGGGGGGUGGGGGGGGGGUGGGGGGUGUGUGUGGGUUGGGGGUUGGUGGGGGGGGUGGGGGGUUUGGGGUUUGGUGGGGGGUGGGGGGGGGGUUGGGGGGGGUUUGUGGGGAUUGGGGGUGUGUGGGAUGUGUUUUGGUGGGUGGGGGGGGUGGUUGGGUGGGGGGGGGUGUGGUGGUAGUGUUGGGGGGGGGGUGGGUGUGGGGUGGGGGGGGUGGGGGGUUGGUUUGUGGGGUGUGGUUUGGGGGGGGGUGGGGGGGGGGGGGUUGGUAGGGGGGUGGUUUGGGGGUGGGGUUUUGUGUUGGGGGGGGUGGUGUUUGUGGGGGGUGGUGGGUGGGGAGGUUUGGGGGGGGUUGGGGGGUGUGGUGUUUGGGGGGGGGGGGGUGGUGGUGGGGGUGGGGGGGGGGGGGGUUGGGGGGGGUGUGGUGUGGGGGGUUGGGGGGUGGUUGGUUGUUGGGUGGUUGUUGGGGGUUGGUGUGGGGUGUGGGGGGGAGGGUUGGGGGGUGGUUGUGGGAGGGUGUGGGGGGGUUUUGGGGUGGGUUUGUGGGUGGGGGUGGGGGGGGGGGUUUGGGGUGUUGGGGGGGGGGGUGGGUUGGGGGGGGGGGGGGGGGGGGGGUUUGUUGUGGGGGUGGGGUGUGUGGGGUUUUUGUGGUGUGGUUGGCUAUGGUAGUUGGGGGGGUGGUUGUGUUGGUGGUGUGUGGGGGGGGGGUGGGGUGGGUUUUGGUGGGUGGGGGGUUGGGUGGGGGGGUGGUGGGUGGGUUGGUGGAGGGGAUUGUUGUUUUGGGGGGGGGGGUGGGGGGUUGUUGUGGUUGGGGGGGGGGUUGGGGGGGGGGGGUGGGGUGGUUUGUGUUGGGUUGUUGGGUGGGGGUGGGGGGUGGGGGGUUGGUGGGUGGGGUGGGGGGGGGGUUGGGGGUGGGUGUGGGGGGUGUAGUUUGGUGGGGGGGUGGUGGGAGGGGGGGUGGUGGGGGGGGGGGUUUGGGGGGGGGUGGGUGGUGAGGGGGGGGUGGGUGGGGUGGGUUGUUGUGGGGGUGUGGGGGGGGGGGGUGUGGUUGGGGUUUGGUGGGGUUGUGUGUUGGGUGUGGGGGGGUGGGGUGGUUUGUUGGGUUUGGGGGGGGUGGUGGGGGGGGUUGGGGGGGGGGUGGGGUUGGGGGUUUGAGGUGGUUAGGGUAGAGGUUGGGGGGGGUGUUUAUGUGGGUUGUUGUGGGGUUUGUUUUUUGGGAGUAGUGUGUUGUGUGGUUGUGGGGGUGGGGGGUGGGUUUGGGGUUUGGGUGUGGGGUGGAUAUAUUGUGUUGUUGUUUUGGGGUUAUUGGGGGGUGGGGGAGGGGGAGUGGGGUGGGGUAUGUGUUUUUGUAGUAGGUUUUUGUUUUUUAUGUGAGUAUUAUGGGUGUUUUAUGGGGGGUUGGGGGGGGAUGUGGGUGGGGGGGUUGGGGGGGGUGGGUGAUGGGUGGUGGGUUGUUUGGGUGGGUGGGUGUUUUUUGUUUGUUGUUUGGGGGGGGUUUUGGUGGAUGGGGGUGGGUUGGUGUGGGGUUGUGUGGGGUGGGUGUAUUGUGUUGUGUGGGGGGGGGGGGGUGGUUGGGUUUUUGGGGUAUCUGUGGUUGUGGUUGUUAGAGGGUGAUGAUUUGGUAGUUGGUGGUGGGUGUGGGGGAGGAGGGGGGAUUGGGGGUUGGGGGGUGGGGGGGUGGGGGGGGUUAUUUUGGUGUGUGUUUGGGGUGGGUGAGUUUUUUGUUAUGGGUUGGGGGUUGGGGGGUGUGGGGGUGGUGUGUGUGGUAGGGUGGGGUGGGUGA